AUGACUUCCCACACUGAAGAGACUCGGUAUGCACCUCCCAUGAUCCAGCGACGCAAAUUAACAAAGCCCAGUAACCGACCUCGUGAGACCGUCAAGUUACUCUACGACCACGAAAUCACCAACGCUCCUGGCAUGUCCAUCGUUGGCUUGGAAGUCCACUACGGGCCCAACGGCUGGACGCCCCCUCAUACUCACUCCGGGGCUACUGUAGUUGCAACAGUCACCAAAGGCCGUCUUUUGAGCGGAAUGAAUGGCAACCCACCCAAGGUGUAUGGUGUCGGGGAGAGCUUUCGGGAGUUCCCUGGUUGCCACCACACUGUCAGCGACAAUGCUAGUGAUACAGAAGACUGCACUUUUGUUGCGGUUGUUGUAAUUGAGACCGAGGUUUUGAAGAAGGGCUAUCAAAUUCUGACUGUUCUUGAUGCUGGGUGGGAAUAG